AUGUAGAAUAUCCCACUACACUAUCAAUUAGAUAAUAAGCUAUCUUAAAACGAAGCAUAACUUUACAAUAAUAAUCUAAUCUAAUUUGCUGUUAAAUUUUUAGGAAUCAAGGGUAAAUAAACUUACAGAAACUCUUUAUCAAUAAAUAAGCAUUUAAGUGGAAAAUUUAAGGAUGAAAUUGUUCUGUAAUUAGUUAAUAAUGAAGAUUAGCCUAUUACAACUCUGAAUGAAGAAAUUAAAUUAAAUGUUUAAGUCUUGAAAGGAGAAGAUUAUUACAUCGAUUAGUAUUAUAUAUCAUAAAAAAGUGGUGUAUUUGAAAUAAGAGAUAAAAUAAAUGUUUUUGGAAGGCUUGGAAAAUAAAUAAUAUUACGAAUAUCUUCUGAGUAUGCCAAGUCUCCUAUUUAUAAAUUAGAUGGUGAACUAACUAAAAUGGAAACUAAUAUUUAUUUUGAGAUAGAAAUUAACAUGGUUAAAAAAUGUCCUGUAGGUACAACUUAUUUUAAUGACAAAAUAAAAAAGGAUCUAUGCAAUCCCUGCCCUUAAUUUAUGUAUAAUUUAAAUGAUGGUGAUAAAUGUUAUAAAUGUCCAGAUGAUUUUUUAUGCUAAAAGAGUAGCAUUUCAUUACCUAAGGGAUUUUGGAGAUCAAAAAAUAAUAGCUAUAAUUACAUAAAAUGUUUUGGGUAUUUUUAGUGUGUAGGAGAUAUUGAUAGAGUAGGAAUAAAAGAAUAGUUUUCGGACGAAAAUCGUUAUUGUGAAGAAGGAAAUAUUGGAGCCUUAUGUAUGGAUUGUGAUUUAUAUGGUAAGUAUUGGAAUGAAAAGUAUUAUCGAGUUGCUACUUAUACUUGUUUAAAGUAAAAUAGUUAAAAUUUCUAAAAAUGA